AUGAUACUGAAAGACGUCGGAACCAGGUUCGACCUUGAACGACCUUUUCCCAUGAAGUCUCCUGCUGAGAGUCGAGACCCUAAGUUGUAUUGCCAGUUCCAUGAAGAUAUAGGGCAUGACACCAAGAACUGUAGAAGCCUGAAGAGAGCUCUAGACGGCCUAGCCUCCAAAGGACACCUCAAGAACUACUUACAGAGAAAUGCUAACGGCUUUGGAAAGAACCAGUACAAAAAGAACAAGUCACCCGUCUCACCUACAGAGGGAAACCACAGCGAAGGGGGAUUUGUAGCCGUCAUAUCUGGGGGACCAGCUGCUGGAAGACCCACCAUGAGGGGGCAGAAAGACUAUGCUCGCCGCCUAGGGCAGGUAAUGUUGUCAGGGAAGUUACCUGUGGACCCAUUCCCACGGAUCGAGAUAUGUGAGUCGGAUGGUGGACGAGUAGCCACUCCGCAUGGUGAUCAUCUUGUGGUCGAGUUCAAAAUCUCUAAUAUGAGGGUGAAGCGCAUCCUGAUAGACACUGGGAGCUCGUCUGACAUAAUGAGCAUGGAAUGCCUCAGCCGCCUAGAACACGACCCCAAAACCAUAAAGAGCAUACACUAUCCCAUCAUUGGUUUUGGAGGAAGCAUUAUACACCCCGUAGGCGUCAUCACCUUGCCGGUUCGGAUUGGGGAUAGAAAAUAUGGACGGAAGAUGGAAGUGAACUUCUUAAUUGUCAAGGACUUGACAACAUACAAUAAAAAUACGAGGUAUUACAAAAGAUUUGGCCGAAGCCAGAAGCAAGAGAAAGCAUGA